GCGUCAUUAUUGCGCGUCCUCAGGUAAAGAAGGACCCACGAAGGCUCCAAAAACAACGCGGGCUAAUGUAAACUUCGAAACCGUAUAGUCACUACAAAUCCUCCAUAUAAAUAAACUGUAAUUGGGAAAGCCUGAAGCAUAUACGGAUGUUACGUUCUGUCGAUGCUGUGUUACAACAAAGGAGUGAAGUUUUCCCUCCGAGCUGGUAAAAACGAGCCGGCUAACGGAGCUAGCUAACGACCAAAGCUGCUGUGGCUGCGCAGUUUCGUUUCAGCUGAACUCACCGAAAACACCCAGUAGACCUGCCAAGUCUGUUCACGUUAGCUGACCACAUAUACUUUUUAAAUCGGCAUGGGUCAGUCUGCAAGACACCUGCAGCGAAAGCAGUAGAUAACGGGUCAUAUUUGAAGUUUUUUUUUCCUCACCUUUGAAGAUUUAACGUUUUAUGUCCAGUCCUGGUAACGCAGGCUAACAGCCGUGAUGAAGAGACGAGCCGAUGUGUCUUUUGCAUCACUUCAUGGGACAAAGAGGCAUCGUGAUGACAGCAGUUCAGAUGACGAGUCAAGACUAUCCCGUCAAGACUCUAGUCAAAAUGACUCCCUUAGUGACCAGGAGGAUCAAAGACCCGGGUUCUCGAUGCCCUCCAUAUCAUCAUCAUCAUCAUCCUUUGAUACCCAGGACAACGACGCCCCCUCGCAAGCCGCCUCCAAGUUCGCUAUGUACAACAGUGUGUCACAGAAGCUCAUGGCCAAAAUGGGCUUCAGAGAGGGCGAGGGUUUGGGUAAGUUUAACCAAGGACGCAAGGAGAUCGUGGAGGCUUCUACUCAGCGAGGGAGAAGAGGUCUGGGUCUCACGCUGCAGGGUUUCCAGGGAGAACUUAAUGUUGACUGGCGCGAUGAACCCGAGCCCAGUGCUGUCGAAAAGGUUGAUUUUUUCCCAGAGUGCACCACAGAGAUCCCAGACGCUGAUGAGCUUAGCGACUGGAUGAUCCAGGGACCGAGAAAACUUAAAAUUGAGGAUGAGACUGAGUUUUGCACAGAAGAUCUUUUGCACACUCUUCUACGAUGCAAAUCAGUAUUUGAUGACCUGGAGGGCGAGGAGAUGAGGAGAGCGCGGACACGCUCCAACCCUUAUGAGACUAUUAGAGGAGGUAUCUUUCUCAACAGAGCAGCUAUGAAAAUGGCCAACUUGGACUACUGUUUCGACCAUAUGUUCACCAACCCAAAGGAUUCCCAAGGGAGACCUCUGACGAAGGACCGCGAGGGCGAGCUUCUUUACUUUGGUGAUGUGUGCGCAGGACCUGGAGGCUUUUCAGAAUAUGUGCUGUGGAGAAGACGCUGGCAUGCCAAGGGCUUUGGCAUGACGCUGAAAGGACCCUGCGACUUCAAGCUGGAAGAUUUUUAUGCAGCACCGAGCGAGCUGUUCGAGCCUUAUUAUGGUGAGGGAGGCGUGGAUGGUGACGGUGACAUCACUCGGCCUGAAAAUGUGACUGCCUUCCGAAACUUUGUCAUGGAGAGCACGGAGAGGAGAGGGCUUCAUUUCCUCAUGGCAGAUGGGGGCUUCUCCGUGGAAGGCCAAGAGAACCUCCAGGAGAUCCUGAGCAAACAGCUGCUGCUUUGUCAAUUCCUCACUGCAAUUUCUACACUCAGGACGGGUGGCCAUUUUGUCUGUAAGACUUUUGACCUCUUCACUCCCUUCAGCGUGGGUUUGGUGUACCUGCUCUACCUCUGCUUCGAGAGGAUCUCGCUCUUCAAACCUGUCACCAGCAGGCCUGCAAACUCUGAGAGGUACAUUGUGUGCCGUGGCCUGAAACCUGGCUCAGACGCAGUCAGGGAAUACAUGUUCAGAGUCAACCUGAAGCUGAACCAGCUGAGGAACACGGACAGAGACGUUACAGAGGUGGUUCCGCUGAAUAUCAUCAAGGAUGACACUGACUUCUACCAGUUUAUGGUCAACUCCAAUGAGAGCCUUUGUGCAGUCCAGAUCAAGGCCUUGGCUAAGAUCCACGCUUUUGUUGUAGACUCGAAUCUCUCAGAGACGAGGCAAGCUGACAUCAGGAAGGAGUGUUUGAAGCUCUGGGGAGUCCCAGACAAGGCCAGAGUCGCUCCUACUUCGUCAGACCCAAAGUCAAAAUUCUAUGAGCUGAUUAAGAGCCCAGACGUGGAGUCGUUCCAGUGUAAGCCGACUCCUCUCAACUCCACCACACUUGAAAAGUUGCGCCAUGUCCUGGACUACAGGUGCAUUGUGGGAGGUGGAGAGCAGAUCUUUCUUCUAGCGCUGGGGAAGUCUCAGAUUUACACCUGGGAUGGGAAAAUGCCUGUGCGCUGGAGGAAAAUGGAGAAUUUCAAGCUGGAGCUGCCAAGAGAUACACUUCUAAGUGUAGAGAUUGUCCAAGAACUAAAGGGCGAGGGCAAAGCUCAGCGCAGAAUCAACGCAGUUCAUGUAAUGGAUGCACUAAUACUGAACGGCACUGAUGUAAGAGAUCAGCACUUCAACCAGCGGAUCCAGAUGGCUGAGAAGUUUGUGAAGGCGGUGGCUAAACCCAGCAGACCAGACAUGAACCCCAUCAGAGUGAAGGAGGUUUACAGGCUGGAAGAAAUGGAGAAAAUCUUUGUCAGACUAGAGAUGAAAGUGACGAAGAGCUCAGGAGGCGUCCCGCGUCUGUCCUACACAGGAAGAGAUGACAGACACUUCCUUCCCACGGGCCUCUACAUCAUCAAGACUGUCAAUGAGCCAUGGACAAUGGCGUACAGCAAAAACUCCAAGAUGAAGUUCUUUUAUAAUAAAAUAACCAAGGAGUCGACCUAUGCAAUGCCACCGAACUCUGCUGCUCCUUUCCACGUAUGCCACUCCGAGCGGCUCUUCUGGGCCUGGGUGGAUGGGGUUAUAGUUCAUGAUUCUCAGACCAGAGUGGACCCUGAGAAACUGUCCAAAGGUGACGUGCUGGACUUCAUACACCAGCAUUACCAGCCCUGAAAGACUCCCAGUCACAAGGCUUCGUCAGCUGCAGACUGUACGCUGAGUGCGCCGGGUUGUGAAGCCUUGGCAAAGGGUGCAAUGCAGUUCACUAAUCGUCAUUUCAUUUAACAAUCAAAGGACGGUUAUUAAAAUGACUUUACAGCUGAUUGUUUUUAUGAAUCCAAUGCUUACUGUCUCGUUAAAUAUCAAUAAACUGCUUUGAAGGUACCUCCAUGUUAUCUUGUUAUCAGGUUGGAGUUGUUUGCUGCUGUUUUUAGCAGUGACAUGUCCUCGUAAAACUGAUGUUUGACAGACCGGUCUAUUUUUCAGUCUUUUCCACUUCCUUUGACUCGACCUUUGAUUUUGAAUUGUAAUGAGGAGCAUUGCCUUAUAGGACAACAUGGAGACAAAGGUGUUUGCUGUGCCCUAUAGAUUCAGUUUCUCCAGUUCCUCCUCAAUGCCACUCUUGUUUUUGCGCACACCGCAUUAGCAGUGACAGAUAGGGUCACAAGGUUAAACAAUGAAUCCACAUCUGUAAUUAUUCUUUCUCACUGCUGGAAGCAUGACUGGUCUUCUAAAGAAAACACAAGGGUCUGUUUGCCUCAUCUUUACGCUAACAGUGUCCUGGUGCUUUCCCUUGCAAAACUGUGUAGCAUGUAAAUCACCCUUUAAGUCGUUCUCACAGUCAUUUCAACGUGCAUUCAGAGAUGGAGCAGCUCUCUCCUUUCCACACUUCUCUGUCAUCUAGACUGCGUGAGUGAAAUUUGGAAGGUGUCCCCUUUAGUUUUGAGGUUGUUUGUAGCCCACCUGCUCUUUAAAAUUGUGCCUCCAUAUCUUCUAGUUGUGUCUGGUUUUUGUUUUGUUUUUUUUAAUGCUGCAAAUGAGUUAUUUUUCUGGUGUAAAUUUAGCUCUCAAUCUCUUUGAUGUAAAUAUUAAUAAAUAAAUAAAUGGGAGACGCUUUUCCCACAAUAUA